UGGGCGCGGGCGGCGGCUCGGAGCGGCCCCGGCGCGGCGCCUCCCGCCGGGCCUCGGCGCAUGUGAGCGGCGGCGGAGGCAGCAGGGCGGCGGCGGCGCCGCAUCGGCCAUGCGGUGGCCCCGCGGCCCCCGCGGCGCCUGGCGGCUGCUGCCCCGGCGCUCGCUGCUGGCCGCGCUCUUCCUCUUCUCGCUCUCCUCCUCCUUCCUCUACUUCGUGUAUGUGGCGCCGGGCAUCGUGAACACCUACCUCUUCAUGAUGCAAGCCCAAGGCAUCAUGAUCCGUGAGAACAUGCGAACUAUAGGAGCUCAGGUGUACGAGCAGGUGGUCCGCAGUGCCUAUGCCAAGAGGAACAGCAGCGUCAAUGACUCAGAUUAUCCUCUUGAUCUGAGCCACAAUGACACCUUUCUGCAAGCCACAACGUUUCUUCCUGAAGACUUUACCUACUUCCCCAACAAUACCUGUCCUGAGAGGCUCCCUUCUAUGAAGGGCCCCAUUGAUGUAAAUAUGAGCGAGAUCACCAUGGAGGACAUCCACCAGUUCUUCUCCAAAGACCCUUCCAUCAAGCUGGGAGGGCACUGGAAGCCGAGUGACUGCCUGCCUCGCUGGAAGGUGGCGAUCCUGAUCCCAUUCCGCAAUCGCUACGAGCACCUGCCCGUCCUCUUCAGACACCUCAUUCCCAUGCUGCAGCGGCAGCGCUUGCAGUUCGCCUUCUACGUCGUGGAGCAGGCUGGAAACCAACCCUUCAACCGUGCCAUGCUCUUCAACGUCGGCUUUCGGGAAGCAAUGAAGGACUUGGACUGGGACUGCCUCAUCUUCCACGACGUGGACCACAUACCAGAGAACGACCGUAACUACUACGGCUGUGGGCAGAUGCCCAGGCACUUCGCAGCCAAGCUGGAUAAGUACAUGUACCUGCUCCCGUACAACGAGUUCUUCGGGGGCGUGAGUGGCCUCACUGUCGAACAGUUCCAGAAGAUCAACGGGUUCCCCAAUGCCUUCUGGGGCUGGGGUGGCGAGGAUGACGACCUCUGGAACAGAGUGCAGUAUGCAGGCUACUCGGUGACUCGACCAGAAGGAGACACAGGGAAAUAUAAAUCAAUUCCCCACCAUCAUCGGGGUGAAGUGCAGUUCCUAGGAAGGUACGCCUUGCUGAGGAAGUCAAAAGAAAGGCAAGCCCUGGACGGCCUCAAUAACUUGAACUACUUUCCAAACGUCACAUAUGACGCCUUGUAUAAGAACAUCACUGUUAACCUGACACCGGAGCUGGCUCUGGUGACCGAAUAUUAAGAGCAGAAAAUAACUUUGCUCUGCCCUCCACCAAGAAAGCACCACACUAGACUUUCUUUUCCAAGGGUUACUGAGGACAAGCAACACUUUGUCGAAUGAAGGAUCACAGUAUUUUGGAGAAUGAGGCUGAAAGUGCACGCACAAAUUGCCCUAGCUGUACCAAUCCAGACCGAUACCUGGGCAGCGAGCUCAGCAGUCUCUUUAUUUCUUCUGCCACUUGCUUUCUGGGUUUCAGGACAACAGUUCGACCUGCUGCUCUCGUCUCCACAUUCCUCCUCUAGCAAUCUCUGGCACUGGGACUCUCCUGGGAUGCGCUCUCUCCUCCGGGAAGCGGCUCAGCUGAGGGACUCUGGCUGCUUGGCAGUGAACGUCGCGAGCAAUUUGGGUGGCAACUGCCCUGGUGGGAGAUCAGACGAUUUCUGAUGCCAUUCUUCUAUGUCUGUGCGGUUUUUAAAAUGAUCUGCUUGAAGUACAUACAACAGAAUCGCUUCUUAAAGAAGUGUAAGUGUAAAUAUGCUGUGUAAAUCACCCCUUUUUAUUUUUCUCCUAUGGCUCAAGUCCAAGCGAGAGGUUUACAUAUGGUCACUCAUUUUAGUCCUGAGUUCUGAAAACACUUGUGUGAGCAUCACUGUACUUGUGCAAGGUGUUCCCUUUUAAGCUCCUGAGCCUGCUCGCAUGAUCCCAGCUGGGCAUUUGCAGAAAUGUUUGUGGGCCAGGGCCCAGAACCUUCCAGUGCAGUGGGUGAGAAAUACAGCCGGGUCAUCACUCAUUCCAGAAACCACAGGGCUGGCUUGUUCAGGGAGGGUGAGGAAAUGGGAAUGUUUGUUACAAACCCUCCCUUUUCUGUCACUUUUGCAGCGUGAUGUGCAAUGAGUCCAAAAGCCCUGUGGAAGGCAGUCCUGUGGCUGUGGCUCUGUCCCACUGACAGCAGGGCUGAGCCAGAGGGGCUGGGAUGGAGCCACUGCUCCCAUGUGAGCCCUUCCCACAGCAGCUUGCCCUCACUCUGGAACGUGCUGGAAUGGUUGGGGAGGUUGGUUUAGUUUGUAUUUAUUGUGUAAAUCCAACACAGAGGUGCUGUCAGGGGCGGGCAGCACCUUGUGCUGUCCCCCUCGGUACCUGGCAGCACUGGCAUGGGCACAGCCAUGGGACGGGGUCCCAGCUCAGUGAGAGACAUGAAGGACAUGUGAAAAUAUGAGGACUGGGAGCCAGAGCUGGGUCUGACAGCCCACCCAGCCACCCAAUGCCAUCCCUCUGUCCUUCACACCGUGGGCAGGCUGCACUUCGGGCCCUGUCCCCACGGACACAGUCCAGCCCUUACACAGCACUGACACCACCACUUUCACUGGACCUCUCUGACUUAAAAGUAAAUGCAUUGGGUGUUGGUUUUAGUUUGUAUUUCCACACAACAAGGGCGGGUACUUGACCUCCGAAGGACUUCAGCUCUUUCAUUGCAUUUUUUGCCUUCGGUUUCCUUAACUUCUCAUGGUUUACACUGUUUCCUCAGUUCUGUGGACGUAUGAUCCCCAUACGCAUCUGUGGUGGGUGUGACUGCCCAGGGCAUUCCUAACCUGUAUCCAGAAAACGUUAGUUUAGAAAACACAAGUUUUGUGUAGAUCUUAUCGGCCGGCAUGAGAGGACAGCGAGCCUGCCCUUGAAAAGCGCUGAUGAGUUUGUAACUAAGUUUUAAAGUCUCUGAACUUACAUGUGCUUUAAACUCGCUUCCCGAGGGAAUUCAGCCUGGUUAUUUAUAGGCAGAGGUGAGGAUUUGCUUUUUCUGGCGCAUACAGCAAUAAAGACUUUUGCUUCGGAGUCUUGAUCUGUAAUUCACGUGGACCCUUUCUGGGUGUUGAACCCGCGUUGCCCUGCCCCUCUUUUCUUUCAUCUUGAGACCUUGCUAGAAACCUGUCUUUGUUUAAUGGUGCUUCAAACAAGGAAUGUAUUUCAACUAGUCCAAGUUCACUACCCCGGAAUCAUGCAUGUGUGUGUGAGUAAGUGUUGAACUACCUUAGUUGGGAUCCUCAGCCUUCCAUGUCCCUGACACCCGGCGCACCUGGUGUGGAACAAAAGCCGUUACCUCUGCUCAGAACUGCACUCUGCGGUUGGCACAGAAGGGUCCAUCCCCAGCAGCAUCCCAUCCUUCCUUCUAACCACGUUGAGGUUUUUUUCCCUUUUUAAAAUGUGGAUUAUCUGAAAAUGUGCACUGUUAAUCUUAUCAGCUAUGUCAAAUACUGUAUAGUAAAUGUAACUGUUAAAAACAUACUGUCAAGCGCAUGUGCUGUUAUGGUGUAAAAAUUCUUGUAUUAUGGAGAACUUGUACAUAUUCUGGCAGCUGAAGUUCGACAAGGCCACUCGUUUGCCCCUUCCACAUCAGCGCCGUCACUCAGCCCUGCUGGAGGGCAGGUCCUGUGCGAUGCUGAUUUAUUUUUUUAAAUGAGCCAUGUGGGUUUUAUUUGCAAAACUAUUUAUUGACAGUUAAUUCUCCAUAAAGCUCUGCUUCUCUAAGGGAGGUACCGUCUGAGCAUCGGCCACGCACUUCAGGCCCCUCACCAUCAGAAGUGGCUUUAAACUCUCAAGCAGCUUUCCAUCAUCAUGGCUUUUGAGCUUACUGUUAUGUUUUUAAGAGGUGCCAGGGGGACAUUUUUGCACUGAAGAUUAGUGUUUUACAACACACACACACUUCUCAGCAAAGCAAUCCUUUGUGUCAUUACAUUUAUUUACCCAUGUGUUUGUACAUUUUUGUAUUUGUUAAUUUAUGAAUGAUUUUUUCAGUAAAAAAUACAUAUCCAAGAACAGA